UGAGAUUACACCACGAUACCAGACUCUUCGAUUGUGACGACAUAAAUAAACACCCUGCUUUUCCUCUUUCACGUAUCCUUGGAGUGUGAUGUUCACAUAUAGGACCAAAAUGAAUGGAAGCACAAAAAUAGAUUUCUUUUCAUAACUGUGACUGACUUUUCAAGCAAUAGGCAGCGAGUGCGCGGGUCCGUCGUUCCUUACAUGCAGUAAGCUCCGGAGAAUCUGGUGUACAUUUUUGGAGGGCAAUCAUCAAGGACUUCUACACCAUGUCUGAGCCCGGCGAUGGGCCGCGGUUAGGGACAGGCCUUCAAUUUCCGCAAAAAGUUGGUUUGCCACCCGACGCACAGGGAUCGGAGUACUUCGAAAGCCGGGACGGCGCCCUCAAGAUCUUUCGCAAGUUCAAAGAGAUUUCGAACCGGCAAGAUACGGCAGACCUGUUCCGUCAAAACUUUGACCCUACCAAGCCAGGAGCAUUUGCAAAGCAAAAGGAAGUGAUGCAAUCGAUUGACAGACUCACUAUGGAGGAACUAGGUCUCACUUCAAGCAUCACUGACUGGAACAAAUUCCCCGGAAUACUGAAGACGCUGGUUUACAAGUGGAGCUUCGAUCCUGUGGUCAUGAAGGAAUUAAUGGGAUUCGUGGUGAUUAUCAAGCGCAGGGGCUUUACACGUCAGGUUGGCAGUGAGAUGGAAGAUGUGGGCUUGGUUUCCAUGGCAAAGGAGGAGGUGUCACUGUCCAGCCUGCACGUGCACAAAGAGCGCCCUCUAGUGCUCAUCGCAUCAUCACUUUCCUGACCUCCAUUUCAGGCCUGUGUCUUGGGAGGCACUCUGCACGAGUUGUUCAGAGACUUCAAGGACCAGGCCGAUUUUCUCUGCGUGUACCUCGCCGAGGCGCAUCCCAGCGGCAGAUGGACAUUUGGGCUGGAGACCAACCA